AUGAAUUCAAAUCAAUCAAAUUCAAAUACAUUGCCAAGUUAUAAAUUAUAUUUUGAUGAUGUCGAAGAAAUAUUUCUCAAUACAAUAUCAGUUAAAUAUUUACUCAUUUCAUCGAUAGUAAUAUUUCUAUUAACAUUCGCUAGUAUUAUUAUAUUAAUAUACCGAUCAAGAAAAAUCUUUCUUGGUUCUCUUAUACCAUUUAUAUAUUCAUUAUUAUUCUAUGAUUUCAUUCAAUUGUUAUCAAUAAUUUUACUUAAAUAUAAUUUAUCGAAUGCCAAUAAAAAAUAUUUUGGUGAAAUAUGUCGUUGGCCUUAUUAUUUAAAAGCUUCAUCGGAAGCAGGACAAUGUAUAACAUUAAUUUUCAUCUAUGGUAUACGUUGUCAAAAAGUUCGAUACUUUCUAAAACAUAAACAUCUACCAAAUUCAAGUUAUAUACAUUCUCGUGCAUUAACAUUUGUUUGCAUAUUAUUUAUUAUCUAUGUUAAUAAUUGGAUAACACAUUUAAAAGUUGAAAAAAUUCAUUUAGUGACAUUGAAUGAAUCAAAUUAUGGUUUAAAUAUUCAAGAAUAUCCGAUCACAUUCUAUGGAAUUAAUGAUGUUAAAUUAAAUGAUCAUAGACACUUUUAUUCUGACCUCGAUAGGUACGCACAAAAUUAUGAAAAAACUCAAUUAGAACAAAGUCAAUCCGGAAUUAUUAUUCAAAAUCAAAAGCAUGAUUCAAUAGAUGAAAUAUUAAUAAAAAUACCCUAUAAUAAUUUUUUUGCCCAAAAUAAACCGACGACACUUAAUAGAACGCGGAGAACCUUUGAAGAUCGUUCGAAUAUCACCAAUAAAACAUUUUAUGGAAAUAACUCUUAUCGUAUCAAUCGGUGUACAUAUGAUCAAAACAAUUAUCUCCUAGUAAAUUUCCUGUCUUUAAUACAUUCAAUUUUUUACUUUAUAAUACUCUGCUAUUAUUUAACCACAAUUUAUCGAUAUAAAAUUCCACAUAUAGGCACAGCUUAUCGUCAAAAAUUACAUCAUGAUGUACUUCAAAUUGGACGGAGAAGAUAUGUUGAUCAUGAUAAACAACUGAUUCUAUUGACUCAUUUACGACAUUUUCAAUAUCUAAUCGCAUAUUGCCAUACAACAUUUACAAUCAUUCGUCUUGUUUAUAUUUGUUCAUUUACAUUUAUUUCAUGUAUAAUUCAAACACCAUUUCAAUGGUUAACAAUGAAAAUAUUCUAUUACUCUCUUUUUACUAUUGUCUAUUACUCAAUACCAUUACGCGUAACAUUAUUGUUUCUCUAUUUAUUUUUAAGUUUAUUUUCUUCUCAUAUUCAUUCAAUAUUUUAUUAUAUAUUUCAUACAAAAUUACAUUUUUCAUGUCAACUACAAAAGCCGACCAUUCGCUUUCAUUUACGUUUUGUGCAAUAUCAUCAAAGAAAUAUAAAAUGUGUUAAACAAUCAAAUGAUUCACUGGCACUUGAUUUGACAUCAUCGGGUUACGAUGAACCAUUGUCGAUAUUCCCACAUGAAACUAUUGCUAUCUACGAUGGAAAUAGUAGUAGUCACAAUCCAGCAAGAACAAGUAGUUGUGGUAUUGCUAUCGAAUCAGAACAUGGUAAAGUGUGA